UUCUCUGUGACAACUUUCUGGACCCAGGACCAGUCAGGGAAGUGACUAUGAGGAGACCUAAUAUUUUGCUUAGUGGUACCCCAGGUGUUGGGAAAACCACACUAGGUAAAGAGCUUGCUGCAAAAACAAAUUUGGUUUACGUUAAUGUUGGUGAUUUGGCCAAAGAAGGUCAAUUAUAUGAAGGUUAUGAUGAAGAAUAUGAAUGCCCAGUGCUGGAUGAAGAUCGGGUAAUUGAUGAACUGGAAGACAAGAUGAUUGAUGGUGGCGUUAUAGUUGAUUAUCACAGCUGUGAUUUCUUUCCUGAACGCUGGUUUAAUAUAGUAUUUGUGCUUCGCACUGAAAACUCUUUCCUGUAUGACAGACUGGAAAGCAGGGGAUAUAGAGGGAAAAAACUUCAGGACAACAUUCAGUGUGAGAUUUUUCAGACUAUUUAUGAAGAAGCAAUGUCCUCUUAUAAAGAAGAAAUUGUGCACCAGUUGCCUAGCAACACUCCAGAAGAUAUGGAGCGGAAUUUAGAUCAGAUCAUACAAUGGAUUGAACAAUGGAUAAAAGAUAACAAUUGAAAAGCAUUAAGGAUAAUAAUCAAAAAAGCCUCAUGAAAUAAAAAUUGGUUUUGUGUAGGUAAAUUAACUGAUGCUUCAGUCAGUGGGGAAAUGGUAAUAUCUACCUCUCUGAGAAAAUAAGAAAGUUGUGGACUUCUGAGGCCCAAAAGACUCAUGUUGCACUUUCAAUGGAAUUCAUAAGUAUAAUACUCUGAAAGUCAAACAUAGUGUAAUCCUAUUAAUGUGUAAGCCCACUAAUUUCAGUAGGCUUAGGCUGGAGUAAACUCCAUAAGAUUGCACUGUUAUUGUUUAAGAAUACUUGAAGAUGGUUUUGGGCAAAAAAAAUGAUUAAAUGAAACCUGACCAAGUUCUCUGAAUUAGAAGCUGCCAACAUUUCUGUCCCUGUAUACAUCUUUCCCCCCCCAAGAUGGAUUGUUUAUCAGUGUGUUUAAAAUAGUUGGA